AUGAGAAACACCGCCCGCUUCACAAUCCGGGGAGCCCAUCGCCUGAGCAGGAUGAAGUCCAACUCUGAUUAUAAGCAGCAUUUACCUGGACAGCAGCAAGCGAGUAUGCCAUUGGCAAGGGAGCAAGAUGCUAAGAGCUGUGGCAUCGGGCGUGACCUUUCCUGCCGGGACCCCGCAGCUGGACCCCGAAAGGGCAGCGAGAGGGCGAUGCGGGAGCACGGGGGAGGUUCCGCGUUGGCAGCUGAAUCAGGACGGCAUCAAGCCUCCCACGCGCUGCUGCUGCUGCAGCUCAGAGAAAAGCACUGGGAACUCCUGCAGCUUCUGGGUGGAGGGAGCAGGAGCAGGCCAGCCCGCAGCCAGGAGCUGCCCUCUGAAGAGGGGCAGGGAAAGGCCAGGGCUCUGAGCGCCAGUGUGAGCUGCAGGAAGGGCUUGUGGCAGAAGGAGACUUCUCCGCAGAGCAGCCAGUCCCCAGGGAGAGAGAGCACCCUGGCUGCCCAAAUGGCAGGCUCAGCUGGUACCCGACUCUCUGCAAUUACAGGGAAGUGA